UGCGGAGCAGGGAACCGACCUGCUUCUACUUCUCUGCUGCACUUUCUCAGGGCUUGCUUUUGAACGUCGCCGCGUUUCCCCUCGGCUGAUCCCUCGACUCCCCGCGGCCGGGUGUGCUACUGGGUCCACGGGAGCCCUUCCUCUUCCUGGGUAGAAGCCCGAGGUGGGGGCCGGGCCGUGCUCAGCAGCGCUGGGGGCUCGGGGCGGGUCCCGCGGCGAUCGCUGCUUCAGCGCCCGGCUCCGGCCCGGCCGCGGAGCCGCCGCCCUGCUGCCUGCUCUGCCGCCUCCUUCCUCUCCUUCUCGGCAUGUGCCUGCUGGGACCGUCCUGACCAUGGAGGGAACUGUGGUCCUGGGAGCUGGAAGGAUGCAAGGGGAGGUGACACCCAGGACCCAAGGCCAUGCCCGUGGGGAGUGAGAAGCAGCUGUGCACUCAUCCCAGCCCCCAGCCCCAGCCCAGCCAUGGAGAGCACAGAGGUGGAGUCAGACAUCCUGCGCCGUGUCCGCACGCUGCUGCGGGAGCUGGACGGGCACCACCCCGCCUGCCAGUGCAACCGAGGGAUGCUGCGAUGGACCCUGCAUAAAAAAAUCGACCAGAAUCCCAGUAACAGCUCUGUCCUGGUCAGAAUCCUGGUGAAGGAGUUGGAAAGGGCAGAACGAGGUGACUUCAGACAUUACAUCAUCCCCUUGCUGCACACACUGAUGUACACCUUGAUCAAGGCUCCCUGCAUCUCUGAGGAGCUCUGUGGCAGAGUGUAUGACUUUUGUAAGAAGCUGCUCACCCUGCCCAAGCCUUUCUGCACCAUUGGCUUGGACUAUGCCAUCAGGCUGAAGAUGGAAAGGACAACACCAGGUAUGUUGUACCAAAGAAUGGUCAUUUCUGAACAAAGUCUCAAAAGUGACCCCUACCCUUACCAGGAAAAGAUUUUCAUCUUUGCUGACCCAGAUCUGCUCUCUGAAGCCAUCUGCAAUGCACUGGUCACCGACAUGGAGGCGGCUCAGGUGUCCCAGAGCCCCCAGGCUUGCAUGUGCUAUGUGAUCACCCAUGCCCUGCAGGCAGCCCUGGGCGAGGGCUGCAACAGCACCAGCUUGAAGCGAAGCCUUCAGGACAUGCCCAUGAGCGAUGUUGAGCACUGGUUUGGGCAAGUGGUGACAGCUGUGGAGUGUGCAGGAGGUCAGGGGAGCACAGGCCGCAGCCAGCACACAGCCAGGAUGGAGAAGAUUUACCACGAUGUCCUCAGCUCUUGCCCAGCAGGUGAUGCUCCCUUGGGAGGGUUGCAGGGUACCCCUCUGCCCAACCCCAGCUUCAGCUUUCACCUCUGGACAGAAGACGACCAGCUCUGGAAGGAACUGGUGCUAUUUAUCCGCCCACUGUCACACACCUGUGAGCCCAGCUGCCUAAGCCAGGACCUGGACAACUUUGAGAUCCCAGACAUCGUUUCAGACUGCGAGUGCUGUCAGCAGAGCCGCUUCUCCGUGCUCUCCACCGACAGCGGCAUCGAGCGGGACCUGCCCGCGGCGCCCGAGGAGCCCUUCAGCCCCUGCAGCACGGAGACCGAGCAGUCCCGGCUCCAGAGGAAGGGUGGCAUCAAAAAAAAGCCAUCACCGCUGGAAGGCGUGGCUUUCCUGCAGGCUGGCUGCAACGGUCCUGGGGUGAAGUCCCCGGCAAAGCCAAAGAGGAAACCAGGAAUUCCUCCGGAGCCUCCAGCCCCACUCCAGAGGCUUCACACUGCCCGCAUCGUGCUGCUGGGGGAUGAUCGGAUCCUGGGGCGCCUGGCCCAAGCCUACCACUCUCUGAGGAAACGAGAAACACGGCGAGUUUUCCUGACUCCCAGGCUGAACCUGCAAUUCUACUACAUCCCAGUGGUGACAGGGCAGCCAGACACCUUGGCCGCUGCGGACCACGCUGCCACCGGACAAGAGGAUCUCUGUGAGGUGGCCAGGUACCUGGGCAGAGCCGACCCGUGGUAUGAGAGCAACAUCAACACGCUGUGCCAUGUGAUUCCCAAGCUGGCCACCAUGCCUUCCUCUCCGAGCAAACAUCUUGUGACUGACCUGUUCAUCACUGAUGUGAUCGCCUACUAUGUCCGCAUGGGCAUCCAGCCUGUCUGCUUCCAGGUCUACGCUGUGAAGGUUUUCUUCAGUGACUCAGUGCAGGAGCCAGCUGAGGAUGUAUUCCUCACAGAGCUGCACACCCAGGUGCAGGACAGCAUCCCCCACAGAGAGUUAAGCAUGACCAAGAGGAAAAUGACCCUGGAUGGCCCUGGCAUAGAUCUCACAGUAACAUACAGAAAGGUUGUGCUGAGCAGCCGGGUGAAGGAGCUGGCUGUGUCCCUGCGCUCCACCGGUCUGGUGAUGAAAACCAUCCCUGCUGAUGAGGCUGAAGACCUGGUGUGUCUGAAUGUGAACAUCACCGAAAUCGUGAAGAUCAACAACUUGUCAGGACGAUCAUUCUCAGCUGUGGCAAACAGGUUGAAAACACGCUACAUCCAAAUCAGGAGCACAGAGCAGAGGCCCUUCACGGUGUGUCUGGACAAGGACAGCAGAAGAACCUACAGAAAUGUGAUCAGUGUGGAAGUGUCUCCUUGCCUAGAGCCCAGCUACUGCUUGCAAAAGACAAGGGCAAUGAAAUUCAGCCUGCCUGAAACAGAAGAUGUAGGGCUUGUGAAAUACAUGCCCAAGUCUCUUCUGUUGCCUAUCAACACAUUUGCAGGCACUAUCCAAUGAAGAAAACAGGAAAAAGCUGGUGUGAGAGAUGUAUAAUUGGGUCAUCAGAAAGGAGAUGGAAGAAAACACACUAAAAGCCACCAACAGUGCUUUUACAACUGUAAUGGUGUAAAAAGCUGUAACAGCAGAGGUGGCCAGGGCUCAGGGAGGACAGCUGUGCCCUGCUGGCUGACAGCCAUGACCACAGCUGACACCCCCCGCCAAGGGUGAAGAACUGAGCUUUAACCUUUUGCACAAGUCAGGAAAAACCUUUGAACUUCUCAAUUUCAAGAAGACCGGGGAAAAUACAGCUGAAGUGAUAGUGCCUGCUCUGCUUGUGGAUCACAGGGCAGUUGCUGUCCAUAAUAUUUAUCCUGGUGAUGUGCCUGGUAGGGAUCAGGGCCUGUUGUGCUAGGUUCUGCACAGCAAACUCUUCAUUCUGACACAGAGUGAUGUAUUUGGGCAAACCAGCAAUUAUUGCCCAGCAAUGGAGGACUUAGGAAACCUCGUUGUAAGCCUGACCACAAUGGAGAGAGCAUGUGUUUGACUCAGCUUCUGUGGAAGUGGGUGGAAAACCUGCAGUUGUUUCAGAGAGGCCACACAAAGUGGUGAGGAAUGGUGUGAAACAGGGACAUGGGGAAUCCAAGACAAUAUUUGGCAGUGCUGGACAGGGCAGGAAGAGCUGAGGCUGCCUAGGCAGUGCUGUGGGAUAUGCUCGGCUGGGAAUGGUAUACAUCUGCUUGAAGAAGAAACCUUGGAGCAGACAACAGAGGCUGCACAACGUCUCUUUGACGCUGGAGCUGUAUCUUUGAGGCCACCUGAGAUUUUGCUUGGCUUUGCUAUGUAACCUCUCUGCAUCUGGCCUGGAGCCUCAGGAGAUCCAGUUGUGUUCCUCCAGUUGUGCAUGCCAGAAAAAAAACACCUACAACCCCAGCAGCAGUGGACCUUCUCCAUGAAGUCAGUCAGCAAUACCUCUCCAUCCCAGUCUGCUUUGCUACUUGGGUUUGAUCUGUGCCUGCGGUGUGGGUACAUGGCACGGUUUGACUCACAAUCAGCAAUUAAACCAUAUGCUCUUGAUCCCCUCCCACCCACGUAGGGAAAGGAGAAAGAAUAAGGAGAGAGAGACUUUCUGGACUGAAAACUAAACUAGACAGCUUUAAUUAAAUACUAAUAAUAAGAAAAUAUGUACAGUUAUAUACAAGUAUGUUCAGGAAUGUGCAAAACUAUUGCCUCCCCCUACCCCCAGCAGCUCCCCCAGCAUCUCCUGAGCUGUGAGCAGCCCCAGAAUGUCCCAGAGCUGCUGCAGAGAGGGCAGAGCAGCCAGGAGCUGAGGGGAGAGGGAUGAGGGGCAGGGAUGCAUGGGCCUGGAGGUCAAUGGUGAUGGAUGGACAGAGUCCUCCCUGGAUGCUGCCCAUAGACAGGAGAGAAGGGAGGAAGAAACAGGAAGGGGCUGGACUUCGGUGAUCCCUGACCUUAUAUCGAGUCUUACGUGUAUAUAUUUGUACGGAAUAUCUCUACCCAAAUUUGCUGUCCAUCUAGUCCGCUCCUCCCUAUGGAAGGGUUGCAGAUACAACUCUUCUGCUGCUUUAGCAUGCAAGCAGAGCAAAGUGUCCUUGAUGUCUCAGCAGUAACAUAACCAUUCCAAUGUUAUCAGUCCACUAGCUGGAAAACUUGCUGCUAGUUAAAAGAGAGCUUACUGAAGAAAAAAAAAAAACAAAACAGUAAAAAGAAAAACAGCUUCAUCCAGGCUCAAACCUGGACAUUAAUUUAUUAGUGCCCAAUAUGGGGCUGUAUAUUUAGCCCAGGCUAUAAAUCUCACUCACUGGUGAACAUUUAGAAUUCCACUUCUGAUGGGAGGAAUCCCUCAGACAGCAAUGGGCAACACCUCUGCUGAAUAUGUUGACAGGUUGAAAACUGAACAGACACUUUCUGCAAUGUUUCUGCUGGACCUUUUUCCCAACCUGUAAUUGUAUAUGUGGCAUGCAGCCAUGAUCAUACUGCUCUGUGUAGCUGCUCUAGUUACUGUUUAAUGGUUUAUCGACAGGACUACAGUCAUAAUCAACCAUGUAAUAACCUCUCUACUGAUCACAGGGGUUUUGAUACUGAUCUGUAUGGUGGCCCUAUGUGUGUACAGAACAAAUCCUCAUGUGAACAGAAAGGUCUAUGUUGGUAAUGGCAGUAGCAGGUUCAGUUUUACUUCUCUGUUUUCUCUCAGGCUGAAUCUCCCAGCUCUUGAUCUAAAUAGCGUUGUUUCAGUAGGGAUGUGUCUGCUGAAUGUUUAUAAUGUAUUGUGCAUGCUUAGGGUGAGGUGUUGUUCCACUCACUGCUACUGCCCCACAGGCAAAGCUGUUGCCACCACUGCUGCUGCUGCAAAGACCAAGGCCACUCCCACUCAAUCCAAAUGAGCAGAAGUUAAAGUUAAUCCUGUGACGAG